UGUAUUGUUUACAGUUAAAUUCAGAUAUGUAAAUAUCUUUAUAAAACUUUAACAUUAAAAUGACGGAAUUCGUCAUACCGUGCUAAAAAUAGAUUGUAAUGCGUCAGGAGAAUGUGACUGCUUUGGCUGUAACUAAAAACAACAUGGCGGAUGACGGUAUCCAACCAGUGUAAACUACACUUGUGAAUUCCGUUUGCUAUUUUCUGACAAAGCUGUAAAUGACACUAAUUAAUACAUCAUUACUUUCUUAUACCCCGAUUAUAAACAAUGGACAGUAAACUUCUUGCUGGAGCGUAUUCCAAAACAUACCAAGCACUGGAGCAGGCCCAGUUUGAUGAAAGUGAAAGAUAUGAUUCUCUGGCAAGAGCAAAGAAAUUGUCACUGGAAACAAACAAGAGAAGAAAACUACAGGCUCAUAAGAGAAGACUUGAAGCUCAAAGGGAAGAAAGGAGACGACAAGUUAUUCUGGCAAGGAGAAGAGAAGAACAAAAGCUCGCUACAGAGAAGUAUCAACGAUCUCAUAUACCACCAACGUCACGUCAAGGCAGUGGGAGACUUAGCCCAAAGCGACAAGGUGUUGUCUUGGAUGAUGCACUCUGGCUAAUACGGGGCAAUCAUCAUGACAGACCUAAGUCAGCUGUUACAGCUUUGCCCAAAAAUGAAACAGAAAUAGCUAAAGAAAGAUCUCAUUUUGAGAACUUAUGGUAUAAUCCAGUUUCAGGGUCAUCUAAUAGAGCUUUGCACACAUUAGAUAGAAAUAUUCAUACAGAGCUUAUGGACUCAAGUUUACAAAACUUCACAAACAGUAAAACUUUGUUUGAACAGCAGCUAGAGCAUCAACAGCAUUUGUUAUUGGAGCAGCAGCAGCAGUCCCUUAGAGAAUUCAAUCGCGCCAUUCAGAGAGAAAUUGAGACAGAUAAAACAAUUCAAGGAAUAACUAAUGAUGUUGAUGACAACACAAUUACAGAUAAUGACGAGGGAAGCUUCUCUAGUAUGGACAGCCUUGAUUCUUUUAGCGAUGAGAAAAAAACAAGAAGUGAUCUGCCACCAAAGCAGCCAUUCACCAAGCUAGUUAAUCAGGUUUAUGUGAAGCAAGAUAUAGAAAGUAAUAAUAAUGCUGUAGAUGAACAAUCUCAGCAAAAGUUUUUUCUCCAUAGCUCUCAAGAUAAUAGCUUAGACAAAAAACAUGUUAUGGGUAGCUCUACAUUUAGAGUAGCUCAAGACAUGACAACAUCAGCACUCCCAGAGACAAAGUCACCAAAGAAUGAGACUUCUUCCCUUAACUCAGUGGAGCCUACUUCAAUAUUUCAGUCUCAUCAGCCAUAUUCAGGGCCCACUGCUGGUGACAUAAUAAAGAACCAAGGUAACGUGAAGCCAUUUCAAGUCAACAACCAAUCUGUGAUCAAUGAAUCAGCUAAAGUAAUUGCAUUGAAACAAUAUUCCACUGAUUCUUUGGACUCAGUGAGCACAGUCAGUACAAUUUCUCAGAAAGAUUCAUCUCAGAGUAAACCUUCAGAGAUCUACAAACAGUCUAACCAUGGCAGUAUGGUCUAUGGCAAAAGUGAUGAAAGAGGAAUUCUUCAAGGCAGUAACAAUGCUUGGAUAUCCUCUGGUCUGGAGGCUACUUCAAAUAACAUUUCUUCUAGCAGAAAUGAUACUUUAGGAAACAGCUUUCAGCCUCGCUAUGCUUCAGCCAUUGGCUCUACUCUAAUGCCAGGACAGGGCCCACCAACUUCUCAGUUUAGAGCCUCACUAGGUAUCACAAGCAAUCCAACGGCACCUCCAGUUUCUCCCGUCUCUUAUGCAGCUAACAGCAAUGUGAAUAUUAUUUCUCAGCAAGUUGAACCUACAAAGCAAGCCUCCAUUAACACGUUUUCUACAGCUUCCACAACAGGCUCAGCAAAUAAUUACACAAGUAAUACCACUAUUUCUGAUUUCAACAAGGCCAUAGCGCAUUAUCCUCAAGCCUACUUUUUGCAUACCCAAGAUGAUAAACAAAGUGUUUCUUCAGGUCUUGAUCAACAUCCUAUGUUUAUUCCUCAAUCUUCUAUCAUUCCUAAUAACCAGUCCUCUUCUGUUGAGGCUUUAAAACCGCAUCCACCAGUAGCACAGAUGAAUGUUACAAUCUCCAAUGAAAAGCCUACUGUUACAUCUCAACCACCUGAACCAAGGGUGCCACAACCACCCAAAAAUAAUUUCUCUAAGCUUGACUAUCAAGAAGCAGCAAAGGUAGCUUUAUUAACUGAUAAUUCACCCACAACAAGAAAUGGUAAAAUUAAUAAUAUGACUACCCAUUUAUCUGGAAGCAAUAAAACCUCUGUUAAAAAUGAUGAUCUUGAAAAGUUGGACUUAAACAGCCAGGGGAAUGCUGAAUAUAAUUUUAAAGAUGAUGUUAAAGUCCUAGAUGAAGUUGAAGAUGUUAAACCAGUUAAAGGUAUUCUAAAGCCGUCACCUGUGAACACUACUUUAAAUUGUGAUGGUCAUACCUCUACAGCGAAGCCGCAUCCUAGGGACAGCUUAGAACUAGCUAGAUUUCAACAUGAUAAAAAAAUUAAAAAGAAAAGUGUUAGAUUUGCUGAAAAUCACAUUGAGGAGACAGAGUAUGACCAUGAACUCUCUGUGUCAGCAAUGCAAAAACCCAACAGGCCUGCUUCAGCUAAAGUAGUAUCUAUGUCAACAAAAACUGAAAUAGUGACCAAAGCUCCUAGGGCGUCUAGUGCUGGCUCAAAUUGGCCAACUCAUGAUGAAUCGGCACAGCUGCAAAUAAGGAAUGUCCAGCAGAUGGAAAAUAUUUCUAACUUUCAGAAUGACAAUACCAGACAAUCUGAUGCAUCCACUAUCCUCAUCAACAGCAGGUCCAAUCUGCCAGCUUCUUUCACCAUGCCACUUAACACCACAACCCCAGUGAUAAACCGGCCCAAAGCAGCAGCGCAUAUUAUUAUGAGCUCGGAGUCACACCAUCAGAACAAAUCCAAUGGAUUGGAUAAUGUCUCUAUACCUCAUGGUGCCAUGUCUGCUGCCACUGUUGCUCACAAGUCAAACCUAGACGCUAAGGUCAAGUCCAUCAAUAACAACUUCAUGAGCAAAAUCCCUGCUAAAAUCAUUGUGCCGACCAACACCAAUGUUAUGGUGUACCAUGCUGCGUACUCAGGAAGUGACCAAAAUAACAACAUAACUGCACCAACCAGUGUUGGCACCGUGGAGACCAGCAGUCAGCAAGUUGGCCAGGACACUCAAUACAAUGACAGGUCCAAGAUUAGAGACAAUACAAACAGACGUGUAGCUAUCUCUAACCAAACGGUGACCAGGACCAGCAUAGUGCCAACAUCGUCGAAGAUAACAUACCCACAGCAGAACAGCACUACGCCCUCGUAUUCCACAAAUACUGGGAAUAACAGCGCACCAGCUCCAGUGUAUGAUGAAAAUGGCUUGAGGAUAGACAGAACACCAACAGACGAGGAGAUCACAUGGCUUUGGGAUAAAGUACGCAGCUGUUUACAAAGAGAUGAUAAUGCCAACAAAACUCAAAAUUUAAGCAGUGCUAAUAAUGAACCGAGCUUAAAAACUCCUCCAGCAAUGUCAACUAAGUUAAUUGAUGGUGCAUCAUUAGGUUUUGGACCUGGUAAGAAUGCCACUGUUGCUAGGAAUGGAUCAUCAGGGUUUUUUCAUCCAGCCCCUGCUGUCAACAGCCAGGCCAAAUCUAGACCAGUCAUGUUACAACAAGGAAGCUAUUUAAAAAGAUUUGGUCUUUUGAAACAAAGGCGCACCAAUUCAGCCAAUGGUGUUGGUAGUACUAUGACUCAGGUCAACCAAAGAGCCAACUCUGCCGUGUACAAUAGGCAGCCCACCAUCCAUCCCCUACAACCCACAGUUUCCAAUGGGCAACCCCAACAACCUGAUGGGCCUGUGCCAAUAGCUUUAGCUUACAGGCCCCAGGAAGCAGUUUCUGAAAGUACAGCGGCUUUCCUGAUGGCUGAAAGGCUGGCUAAACAAUCUCUGACAGACAGUCACAUACAACUUGCUAUGGAGGAUGCUAAAAGUAAACAGGAGGCUUACAAUAGGUCAAAGUUCUUAGCUACCAAAGGAGGUGGGCCUAGUGCAUUGUCUAUAGAGGAACAAAAGCUGAUGGAAUCUUUAGACAGGCUCAAUGAAAAAUUGCAAGUUCUAGAUUCUGGUAAAAACAGUGGAACAAUCUAUUAUCAUCAGCCAUUCCACCCACAAAAGUUCUCUUAACAUGACACCAUUUGGGUUUUCGAAGCCAGACUCAAAUUCUGGACAGCAGAUACAAUGUGCAGCCAUCUCCUCGCUCUCAACAGAGGGCACAGUCUGCUAGAAUCAGGCAGCAGACUCGCCAGUACAGAUAGGUGGAUCCUCAUGCUAAAGUUGUAAUACUUUUUAUGUGACAGCCUGCUGAACAUAUAAUAAAGUACUUAAGUUAAUCUUCAACAUAUAAAAGAAGUACUUCAGUUAAUCUUAAAUCAUAAUAGAUUUUCCUUUUCUUUAAUCAAGGGUAGCACAAUUAAAAACAUAUUUGAUUUUGGUGCACUGGAUAGAUGGGGGGAUAUGUCUAAAGGGGAAUAAUUUUAAAUAAUAUUUUGUGGAUGACUUAUUUUUUUCUUUUUAUAUAAAUGAAACAUUUGUUCCUGUAGAGAUGUUACUUUUGAUGUUCACCAAACAUUUGGUGUGUUGCUUAGUAGUUUUACCAUUUUUAUAAACUUAGGAUUUACUGUAACCAUUUUUUUUUUAGAUAGAUGUGUAUAUAGAACAUGUUCACAUCUUGAAUGCAGUGCUAUACAUUCCACAUAUGUGAUACAAUACCAUAAGGUUCUGUAGUCCAAUGGUAGAGGUUAAGUGAAUGUCAUCAGUUAAUGUGACAUCAUGAAAAUGUUGGUUGGUCAGUAAGAAUACCUGUUUGACUUUACUGUCUCCAACUGAUGUCUUCUACAGAAGAGGUGCUGUAUGAAAACACUGGUACUCAAGUCUAUUUUGUUAAUUAAAAGUAAACAAUUGUUUGUUGCAUGUUUCAUUGUUACAACAGGUCUUGAAAUAUGUUAAGGAAAAAAGUAAAAGUUAAUUAAAAAGUUAAUUUAAUGCAACACAUAAGAAAAUUAAACAAUCUUCAAAUUUUUUAUGUUUUUUUAAAGAAUUUUUAAAAGAAAAAAAAAAUUGUCUUUGAGAAAUAAUCACAUGAUUAUUUAUGCUUAAGUUUAUUCAAGCUAUAAGCAUGUUGCAAAUAAUAUUGUAACUUAAGCACUGAUCCUUCUAGUUAUUCUUUCCAUGUUUUUUUAUUUCUGAAGUUCUGCAAUAUUUUUCAAAUACUUUAUAACCAAGACUUUUUUUUAGCACAAAGCAACUAGUCACUUAUAUAAUUCAGCUCUAUUUAUGUUUAUCCUUCAAUGUCCUGAGGAAAGCACUACAAUAGAAUCGUCAGAAACAAAACAAAAGGUUAUUGUUAAAUAAUAAUUACCAGCAUGCCUGUUGAAGAAAAAGGCAUUUCCUGUUACAUAUUGUCUCAAUGGUUAUUUAUACAUAGAGAGAAAACAUAUAUAUUUACUACAUUUAUUAUACAAACAAACUAAUGUUUCAUAAAUAUCUCCUUUCAAUUAAAGCAUUAAUUAUGCUUACUUGAGCAAGUAUACAUUUUAAAUAAUUCUUUUCUUUCAAUAUAAUAAUUGAAGUAAAUAUAUACGUUUCCUCUUUUUUUUUUUAAUUACUGUAUACCCACUUUUGCACCCCCCCCCCUCUCCUGCUAUAUCCAUUGAAGCACAUAGAAAUGAAACUAGUGUGCCUUAACAAUUGUCUCUUUGUGCUAGCUGCCUGCAAUAGAAUGGCACAAUUUUCUAUCAGAUUUCUUUUUUCUAAUAUGUAACUACAUAGACAUUAUUUAAUUUAUAUCAUUGUAAACAUAUUUAUAUCCUAUAACAUCAAUUCAAAGCCAGCGAUUUUGAAAUAUUUUCUUUUCACUCUAUUUUUAUCCAGUUUAAACAAUGUGUUGACUUUAUUUACCUGCAUUGUAUUAUUCCGUCCACACAAACAUUAUUGAUAAAAUUCCUUCCACAAAGUCUUUUUUUUUUUCAUAUUAAUUUGUUUAUACUUUGUUGUUUUAUUGAAUGUAUAACAUUCCAAGUUAUUUGUAUUAAUUGUAAUAUUUAUUUUAAAAAAGUAUUUUUAUUUGUUUCUAUGAAAAACAUCUGUGAUAUUUUGUAUUUAUAUUAGUUCCCUAUUUAAUCAUAUCUAUAGCAAGUAUGUCUUUUAAAUGUUAUGUCUCAUUUUUAAAAAAGUUGAAUUUUCUGAAUAAUAAAGAAAUAGAAAAAUAUAUUUCAGUGGAACAGUUUAUAUGGCUCGUUAACUUUAAAAUAUUUGCUUUAUUCUCUCACUAGAAAGUAAAAUAAAUAUGGGCUUUAUUUAAAGCCAUUCUUCAACAAACUAAAGCUGAAUGAUAGUUAUUAUUGUUUAAAUCUCAGGUAAAUAAAUUAAUAGAUCACAGUCAUUUUUUGUUUGGCAAUGUUUUGGACUAGGUUAUUUUUUCAAAGAAAAAAAUGGUGUAAAAAGGCCUUUUCUGCUAAUUAUGGGGCUGAUGGUUAACAAGGGUGUCAUGUGGCCAGCACAGGGACAAACUGCCUUUUACUUUCCCCAACUAAUGUCAGAUAUCCAUUAGAGUUGGCUGGACUCAGGGAUAUCCUAAGAGUCCAGAAAUUCAAAAUCUCAGUCUUCAACGGGAUUAAAACCUGAAAUUCUGAGUUGGGAAGCCAAGCAUUUUGCCAUUCAGCCUUCAGGCCCACCAACAACUUUAAAGAGAGAAUAUAAAAAUUUCAUGCCUAUAGUUCCAAGAACUCUAUUUAAUCAAAGGUACACUAAUAAUCUGAUUAUUAGAUGAUUAAAUUCUCUUAUUUAAUCAUCAAAAUUAUUUUAUUGAAUGGAAGUCUCAAGGUUGACUAUUUUAUGAUAUCUUUUAACACUUUGGUGAAGGUCCAGUAUUCUGUGUGAACUUUAGACUCUUAGACUCGUUAUUGAUAUGUUGAAAUACUUGUGCUUAUUUUUGUACUUUGGUGAAAUGAUAAAUGUUACAAAAAUGUAAAGAGGGAUUUGUUUCUUGGUUUAGAAAAAGCCUAUGAUUUUAUUUAUUUGAUAUCUUUAAAAAUUAAAGGAUAUUUAAUUAAAACCAAUUAUCUUUUUUUUUUUUAUUUUGGGGAUUAGAUCAUCCAACAUUUUUUUUUUUUUUUAAUAGAAAAUAUGUUUUAAUUGUAGUCACUAUUUCAAUACACAUUUAUUAGAUAUGUUACCUUUUCCAAUGAGGCUUCAGAAAUAUUUUGCUCUUUACUUUUAUACUGACAUUGAAUUACUUAAUUAGAACUUUAUUAGUGGGCUAGGUCAGUUACUGAAUAAAAACACAUUCAAAUUAUCACUUUUGUUUGUCUUUUUACCAUAUGUGAUGACAAACAAGCCUAAAUUAGAACAACCUGGCAUUGAUUAGAACUCUAUUAGUGAGCUAGGUCAGUUACAGAAUAAAAACACAUUCAAAUCAUA